CCACCCGCCACCUCGCCUGGAUGUAGGAGGCCUGGCCGAGCGGUGACACCGAGGGUGACACCCCCAUCCCGGCGGUGGGCGACGACGGGGACCCCCCCGCGCCCCCCCAGCCCUCGGGGGCACCAUGAAGGACCGGCUGGAGCAGCUCAAGGCGAAGCAGGACGCGGAUGACGACGCGGAGGAGCUGGAGAUCGCCGUGGACAACACGGCCUUCAUGGAUGAGUUCUUCUCGGAGAUCGAGGAGACCCGGCAGAACAUCGACAAGAUCUCGGAGAACGUGGAGGAAGCGAAGAAGCUCUACAGCCUCAUCCUCUCAGCGCCCAUCCCGGAGCAGAAGACCAAAGAUGACCUGGAGCAGCUGACGGCGGAGAUCAAGAAGAUGGCCAACAGCGUCCGCAACAAGCUGAAGAGUAUGGAGAGGAACAUCGAGCAGGACGAGGCGCGAUCCUCCGCCGACCUCCGGAUACGCAAAUCCCAGCACUCGGUCCUGUCCCGCAAGUUCGUGGAUGUCAUGACCAAGUACAACGAGGCGCAGGUGGAUUUCCGGGAGCGCAGCAAGGGCCGGAUCCAGCGGCAGCUGGAGAUCACCGGCAAGAACACGACGGACGAGGAGCUGGAGGAGAUGCUGGAGAGCGGGAACCCCUCCAUCUUCACCUCGGGGAUCAUGGACUCGCAGAUCUCGAAGCAGGCGCUGAGCGAGAUCGAGGGGCGGCACAAGGACAUCGUGCGCCUGGAGAGCAGCAUCAAGGAGCUCCACGACAUGUUCGUGGACAUCGCCAUGCUCGUGGAGAACCAGGGAUCCAUGAUCGACCGCAUCGAGAACAACAUGGACCAGUCCGUGGGAUUUGUGGAGAGGGCCGUGGCUGACACCAAAAAGGCUGUGAAGUACCAAAGUGAGGCCAGGAGGAAGAAGAUCAUGAUCAUGUUGUGCUGCAUCAUCCUGGCCAUCAUCCUGGCCUCCAGCAUCGGGAGCAUCUUCGCCUGAGCCCCCCUCCCGCUGCCCUCCAGGUGGCUCUUCCCCCUCCUGCCCCCCGCCCGGAUGAUCCACGGGAGAGACCCCGGCCUGCCAAGCCCCUGGUCCCCGGAGCCCCGAGGACAUCCCGACACGUCCCCGGAGGAGUGGAGCCCCCCUGCCGUGCUCCCCCAGUUCCCAGCUCCUCAUC